AUGAUAUCAUACUGUCAAGAAAUUAAUAUAUUAAAAAAAGACUAUGAGGCGGAUGUUAGCUCACUGCAGUCUGAGAUUGGAAAUUUAAAGCAUAGUUUAGAAAUAUUAACAUCUAAAUACAGUACUGCUCAGAAAGAAAUUGCUGAACACAUAUCUGCCAUGGAUGACCUGGUGAAACUUGGCAACAAUAACCUCGAGCCCUCCGGUCCAACAGGGCAGAUAGAUACUAGCUUAACUAGUGAAUCCCUUACUCGGCCUGCGGGGACUCACACCGACCCCAAAUAUUAUAAUGUACAACUACCUGUACAUUCCAUAUCUAUUCCUGAGGAAAAAAAUAAAAUAAAAAUUUACAGUGAUGAGUUAGGAAAAGAUAUAAUAAUAGCCUUCAGAAGCCUGGACGUCAAGAAAACAGCUGAUCUAUGGGGUUUAUCUGUAAAAGUCGUUAGUUCGAUAAUUGAUGUUGUCGCACCUCAUCUAGCUACUAUAUUUAAUGGCUGUAUAGAACAUGGUGUGUUUCCUGAUCUAAUGAAACACAGUAAAAUGCUGUGCUACUUCCUUGUCAUAGUGUCCGCGUUGGUAUCAGUAGCAGGUCACGGUAGAGUCCUGGAGCCACCAUCGAGAGCCUCGAUGUGGCGUUACGGGUUCCAUACUAAGCCUAACUACGAUGACGAUGGCCUCAACUGUGGAGGCUUCUAUCGACAAUACAAUAUCAAUCAUGGAAAAUGCGGCAUUUGCGGCGAUCCUUACGACAUGAAGAAACCUCGUACUCACGAAAUAGGCGGCACAUACGGUGAUGGAAUAAUCGUGAAUCAGUACAAAGCUGGUCAAGUAUUCACAGUAAUAGUUGAAAUAACAGCCUAUCACCGAGGCUACUGGUACUUCAAGAUCUGCCCCAAUCCCAAGAGAACUGACCAAUCCUGCUUCGACAAGUACCCGGUAGAACUUAAAAAUGGAGGAUUCAAAUAUUACCCACCUAAAUCUGGUUUGCAUAAAGUUGAAUAUCGGCUACCUGAAGGGUUGUUUUGCGAUCAUUGCGUUCUCCAAUGGAGAUAUGUUGCUGGCAAUAAUUGGGGUUAUUGCGGAAACGGAACCGGAGGGUUGGGCUGUGGAAACCAGGAGACGUUUGGAGCCUGUUCGGAUGUCUCUAUCAGCGCACCGAAUUACAUUCAAAAUGGACCUAUUCCCAUUCAUUUAGCGUAUUUAAAUGAUGUUAAUAAAGAUUUAAUUAAUUUACUGCGAAAAAUAACUCCAAAGCCCGUCAAAAAGAAAACUAACACUAAAAAGAAAAAUGGAAAAAACCAUCGAAAGCCCAGAGAUAACGAGACAAAACAUUCGAAACGAAAAAAGGUUUAUGACAAUGGUAUUCAGUAA